AUGCCGCGAGUGACAAAAGAGCUGCUUAGAAAACGUGCUGAGCAUAACGAAGGAUUGUUGACUACUUUGGAAGAAGUAUCAUUGCAUCAAUAAGAUCUAGAGAGAAUUGAAAAUUUUGAAGUUUAUUGCAGACACUUAAAAAUUCUAUACUUGCAGAGCAAUCUGAUUCCUAAAAUGGAAAACCUUAAUAAAUUAAAGGAAUUGGAAUAUAUAAACUUAGCAGUUAACAACAUAAGUAAGAUUGAAGGUGUUAGAGGUUGUGAGUCACUAGCAAAGCUUGAUUUGACUUUGAACUUCAUUGACAUCGAAGAUCUAGAAGAAUCUAUAGAAAAUCUAUCAGAAUGUGAGUCUAUCUAAGAUUUGUACUUGACUGGAAACCCAUGCGAAAGCUGGCCUGAUUUUAAGGAAUAUGUGAUGGCUAAAAUUGUUCAAUUAAAGAGACUAGAUGGAGAAGAGAUUAGCAAGAGUCAGAGACUAGCCGCUAGAUAAAAAUUAAAACAGAUGGAAAGAGAUUUAAAAAUUGCAGCUGAGGAAAAUAUUAUAAAGAAACAAAUUGAAGCAGAGAAAGGAGAUAAUGAAAAUGGAUAUACCAAAGAGAGCAGAGUGAAGAUGUAUGAGGAGAUGCAAGAAUAAAAGAAACAAGAAGAAGCUAAAAACAGUGAAAACUCUAUGUUCAAAGAAUUCAAUGAUUUUGAGUAAAACAUGAAAAAGAAGGAGCCAGUUACUGUUUAUAAUUAAUUUGGAGACAUUAGAUAAUGCAACGAAGGCAAGUAUGAUUUUGCUUAUAGCGAGACAACUGAUAAGACUUGCGUUAUUUUGGAAUUCAAGGUUCCAAAGUUUCUUGAUACAUCACUAGUCAAUGUUGAUCUUAAUCCGCAAUAUGUGAGAAUUGAAAUAAAAGGCAAGAUUACUCAACUUAAGCAUCCAGAUGAAAUUAUUGUGGAGAAAUCAAAGAUUUAGAGAUCCUAGAUUACUGGUGUGCUUUAACUUACAAUGCCUAAGCAAAACAUUUCAGAGGUAGAAGCAAGAAACAUGCGUAUAUAGCAAAUUAAGGAGGAUAAGGAAAAAUAAGAUAAGCUUAAAAAGCUUGAAUAGGAGUAGAGGGAAGCGAAAUUAGCUUAAAAGAAAGGUAUGGACGAAUACUCGAAGAAAGCAAUGGAACAAAAGGACGAUAAGAGUUAUUUGAUCAGAGAAAGUAAGAAAAAGAGUGAGGAGGAGAAAGAUGGGGAGACAAAGAAUAUGUUUAUACCAGAUUUUGAUGAAAGUGAGGUCCCCCCUCUCGAGUGA